UAGAUUUAGAGUUGCCACCAAACAUACACCUCAAAUCACAAAUGGAGCACACCAUGGUGAGUGUUGCUACUGGGGUACUCAGCUCGGUUCUCGGAAAGCUCCCUGCCCUGGUAGAGAGGCAGUGCAACAACAGCUUCAAGGGUGUGAAUGAGGAGAUCCUCACCAUGAAGCUCGAGCUGCAAAGCAUGAAUGCUUUUCUCCUCAAGCUGGCUGACAUGGAUGAUCUAGAUAUCCAGGUCAAGGAAUGGAGGAACCAAAUCAGAGAGCUGUCCUACGAUAUCGAGGACUGCAUCGACGACUUUAUUCAUCAGAUGGAUGGUGGCUCAAGCAGAGUUCACAAGGGUUUCUUCCAGAAGAGCAUUCACAAGCUGAGGACACUUGGAGCUCGUAAUGAGAUUGCUGAUCAAAUCCUAAAGUUGAAGGCGCGUGUUGACGAUGCAAGUGAGCGGCAAAAGAGGUAUAACUUCAAUGGUACCAUCUCAAGUUCUAUUGAUGUGGUACCCCUUGACCCUCGGUUGCCAGCACUUUUUGCAGAGGCAGAUGCCCUAGUAGGUAUUGAUGAACCAGCAGAAGAGCUCAUCAACUGGCUAACUAAAGGAGGGGAAAAGUUGGAGUCAAGAUUAAGUGUGGUGUCUGUUGUGGGUCUUGGAGGGUUGGGCAAGACUACUCUUGCUCGUCAAGUAUAUAACAAAAUUGGAGGGCAGUUUGAUUGCCAAGCAUUUGUGUCCAUCUCCCAAAAACCUGACAUGAGGAAAAUAUUUCAGAAAAUGCUGAAUGAUAUCACAAGGAUUGAACAUGCUAGUCUAGCAUGGGAUGAAGAGCAACUCAUGGGCAGAUUGAGAGCUUUGGAUGAGGAGCAACUCAUCAACAAAUUGAGAGAAACCCUCACGGGUAGAAGGUACUUUAUUGUAAUUGAUGAUCUAUGGAGUACAUUAGCAUGGAGAACAAUCAGAUGUGCAUUUCCAGAAAGUAACUGUUGUAGUAGAAUAUUGAUAACGACACGUAUCAUUUCAGUUGCCAAGUCAUGUUGCUAUCCAGACCUCAACAAUGUGUAUGAACUGAAACCUCUUAGCAACAGUGAUGCUAAUAAAUUGUUUAUGAAAAGGAUAUUUGGUUCUGAAGAUCAAUGUCCAUCUCAAUUGAAACUAGUAUCCAAUGGCAUCUUGAGAAAAUGUGGCGGUUUACCAUUGGCAAUCAUUAGUAUAGCUAGUUUAUUGGCUAAUAAUCCAUGCACAAAAGAAUUAUGGGAGAGGUACCGAAAUUCCAUUGGCUCUCAAUUUGAAAAGGAUCCCAGUGUAAAUGACAUGCAGAGGAUUCUAUCUCUCAGUUAUAAUGACCUUCCGCACUAUUUGAAGACAUGCUUAUUAUACCUCAGUAUAUAUCCGGAGGAUUUCGUAAUAAGGAGGACUCAAUUGAUACUGAGAUGGAUAGCAGAAGGAUUCAUAACAGCAAAUGGCAGACAAAAUUUAGAGGAAAUAGCUGAGUACUAUUUUAAUGAACUAAUCAAUAGGAGCAUGAUCAUACCAGUGAGCAUCCAAUAUGAUGGCAGAGUUGAUGCUUGUCGAGUACAUGAUGUGAUUUUUGAUCUUAUUAUUUCCAAGUCAGCUGAAGAAAAUUUCAUCACAGUAUUUGGUUACCAGAAUCAUGCCUUUGGACCACAAGACAAGAUUCGUCGACUGGUUCAUUACCAUGGUCAAGAAGAAAUUAUGGUGAUGUCAGAUAUGAAUGUUUUGAAUGUUCGAUCACUCACUACUUAUGGAUCCACUGAAAAUGUGCUGCCUAUUUCAGACUUUCAAGCUCUUCGUACAAUUAGCAUUGAAUGCAAUGAUCAAUUAGAAAACCAUCACCUAAAUGGCAUACAGAAAUUGUUUUGUCUUAAAUACCUAAGGUUGAACAGAGUAAGCAUCAGCAAACUCCCAGAGCAAAUAGGGGAACUACAGCAACUUGAGACAAUAGAUCUGACACAGACAAUGAUAAAGGAAUUACCCAAGAGUAUUGUGAAGUUGAAAAGGUUGCUGUUUUUACUUGCCGAUGAAGUAAGUCUGCCAGCAGGAGUAGGGAACAUGAAGGCUUUACAGAAACUUUAUCAUAUGAAAGUUGACAACAGCAUCUCAUCAAAUACCUUGCAUGAACUACAAAGAUUGACUGAACUAAGGUAUCUUGGGAUAAUUUGGUGCGUUAAUGAUAUGUAUGCUGGUGGUAAAACUCACAUAGAUAACUUUGUUCCAUCCAUCAGUACACUGUGCAAACUCAAGCUUCAGUACCUGCAUGUUCAAUGCUGUACUGAAAAUGGUUCGUCUCUCGAUUUCUUGUUGAAUUCUUGGUUCACUGCUCCUAAUCCCCUCCGAUAUUUUGGGAUGAGCUCAAACUAUUAUUUUCCUAGAAUUCCAGAGUGGAUGGCUAUGCUCUCUAGCGUCACCUUCCUGAAUAUCAAUAUUAGUCAUGUUGGGGAGGAAGCUUUUCAGAUCCUUGGCAAAUUACCUUCUCUUCUAGCUCUCAGGAUAUGGACAAAAGGAGUAGCCCCCAAUGAAAAGCUCAUCAUCCGCAACAGAGGGUUUCUCUAUCUUAAACAGUUCGUGUUUUACUCCUGCAAUAUUGAAAUGAAUCCAUUAGUAUUUGAGGCUGGGGCAAUGCAAAAUCUUGAAAGGUUUCGCUUUAACUUAAAAGCACGAGAAACAAGAAAUCCAUGCAGACAAUUUUUUCUCAGCAUCCAGCAGAUGUCCUCUCUCAAGCAUCUCCUUGUGUUGAUAGAUUGUAGAGAUGCAAAGGCUCAUGAGGUGGAGGCUAAAGAGGCUGCCAUCAGGGAGGCAACCAAUCACCUUCGCAGCCAUAUCAAUAUUGAAAUCAACACAAACUGGACAUGGAAGAUGGUAAAAGAUGAUGAUGAUGUUGGGAUCAAAUGCAAGGAAGAGGAUAGUAUGAAGCAUCCGCGGGAGUGGGAGAAGGAUGUUUAAACCCAUUGAAAUAGAUGAAAUGUAGUAGAGCUAAGUAAGUAUACAUAACUUCUUCUGGAAUAGCUACAAUUCUCUACACAUAUAGUGUACUCUAACUUUUUGUUUUAUAUGAUUGGACCUUUAUUCUGUCAAGCCAUAUGAACCUGAGGAAAAAAAAUUGGUGGUGGUGGUGGAGGAGGGGGGGAGUAGGGGGUUGUGUUUUUACUGUUCUUGGGAGGUAACGAGAUUUCAAAAGGUAGCAACCAUUUGGUAGAAUACAUCUAACAAAAAUGUGAUACCAAAUAUAUAAUUCAUUCAUUUCUACAGGAAUCAUAUAGACAGAAAUCAGUUCAUGGAUUUGGCUGGCAAGGUGCUGCUGCUGAAAAUCACUCUGAAAACAUCCAAGAGCUGGCAGGUGCUGCCCCACUUCCUGGGCUCCAUGACAUCUCUGGUUCGGUCAGAAACAGGAAACAAUCUUGUCGCGUCGUUUUUCUUCUCUUUUUUAGAUGCUUUUACCCUUUCUUGGGUUGGUGUUGCAUAUCAAUGAAAUGUGGCAAAACAUCUGCCAUUGAUUCAAAACCACCAUAUUCUUCAACAGCAUCUAUAGAUAUUAUACAUUUGAGGUUUGCUUGAACAGCAAACUAUAUGCCAUCA